AGGCGGCGGGUGCCGCGGGAGCUGCUCGGUGCCGCCGCCGCCCGGGAGGGAGGUUAUGUAAGGGGGGAGGGAGGCGGCGGGAGGAGGAGCAGGACGGCUCUCGCCGCCGUGCAGCCGCCGUGCAGCCGCAGCCAGCCGGGGCCGGGGCCGGGGCGGCCGCAUGUGCGAAGUGGGGACGCGGCCGCCGCUGGCCGCCGAGCGCGGGGAGCCGCCCGGGGGUGCCGCCGCCGCCGAGAGGUGCCGAGACAUGGGAGAACAGCCCAUCUUCACCACCAGAGCCCAUGUCUUCCAGAUUGACCCCAGCACCAAGAAGAACUGGGUUCCUGCCAGCAAGCAGGCUGUCACUGUUUCCUACUUCUACGACAGCACAAGGAACAGCUACCGGAUCAUCAGCGUGGAUGGAGCCAAGGUGAUCAUAAACAGCACCAUCACCCCCAACAUGACCUUCACCAAGACGUCGCAGAAGUUCGGGCAGUGGGCAGACAGCAGAGCCAACACCGUCUUCGGGCUGGGCUUCCCCUCCGAGCAGCAGCUCACAAAGUUUGCAGAGAAGUUCCAAGAAGUAAAAGAAGCUGCCAAACUUGCAAGAGACAGAUCUCAAGAGAAAAUUGAGACCUCAAGCAAUCAUUCACAGACCAAGAUGAAAAGGGAGAUGCAGGAGACACCCAGUGUUCGUUUGUGUGUUGUGCUGCAGGAGUCUGGACGUGAAACUCCCUCUUCCACUCGAGCUUCAAGUGUGAAUGGCACAGACGACGAGAAGGCAUCACACGGUGGCCCUGCUGAGGCACAUCUCAAAUCUGAGAAUGAUAAAUUAAAAAUUGCUCUAGCCCAAAGCUCAUCCAACGUGAAGAAGUGGGAGACGGAGCUGCAGUCGCUGCGGGAGAGCAACGCGCGGCUGUCCACGGCGCUGCAGGAGUCUGCGGCCAGCAUCGAGCACUGGAAGAAGCAGUUCUCAGCCUGCAAGGAGGAGAACGAGCAGCUCAGGGGCAAGAUUGAAGAACUGGAGGAACAGUGCAAUGAAAUAAAUAAAGAGAAGGAAAGAAAUGCACAGUUGAGCAGACGUCUCCAGGAGCUGGAAACAGAACUUCAGGACAAAGAGCUGGAACUGGAAGAGCUUCGAAAGCAGGGUGAAAUUAUACCAGAGCUAAUGUCAGAAUGUGAAUCUGUAUCUGAACAAUUACAGGCUGCUGAGCAAAAGAACAAAGAUCUUGAAGAGAAAGUCAGAACACUAAGGACAGAAGUUGAAGAGAACAAACAUAGGCAGACCAACCUUAAAACUGAAUUAAAGAAUUUUUUAGAUGUACUAGAUGGGAAGAUAGAUGAAUUACACGAUUUUCGACAAGGACUGUCUAAACUUGGGGUUGACAAUUAGAUGGCAAUAGAUCUUUUUUGUAAUCUAGGGUCUGGAUGUUUGAUGUUUUGUUGAUCCCAAACGUGUGUUUUACAAAAUAUAACUAGAAUGUUCCACUUGUUUGCAUUGGUUUUGUACAUAGAGGCUGAAAAUUUGCUGUGGGGUUUAUUUGGUGGGUUUCUCUUUUUUUUUUUUUUUUUUUUUUUUUUUUUUUGUUUUGUUUUUUUUUGUUUUGUUUUGUUUUGUUUAUUUACCAAACCAAUUGUGCUGCUCACUGAAUUCUGUUGAAAUUAGAAACUUUCUAUAUUGCUGCUCUGGCUUUGUGGGGUUGGGUACAGGUAGAGGGUUCUGUCUCAGGAAUCUGGAACUAGAUCUACCUUAAAAUGAAUAUGCAGUUAGUUGUUGCAGGGAAAUUUAUAUCUUUCUUAAGGGCUGUUGCAACCAUAGAAACAGAAAAGAAGUCUUUUUCUUGUCUGGACUAUCAGCACUCUUAGCAGAAUUGACUUUAUUCUGUGGUGGAGCAGAGAUUAGCUGGAGCCCCUGCAGUUUGUAAAAUGUGCCUGUGAUGAGCUGCAGUCAGGAGAAUCACUUCUCACAGCUACCAGUAUCUUUAGGGACCAUGCCAAUCAGGCCUGAUUCACCAAAAAAAAAGCAGUGGAUUUCAGAUAACCUCUGAUGGAGGUUUCAUGUGCUUGCCUGGACCCAUACAGCACAAAGUCAACAAUGCAGAAAUGAGUUUCAGCUCUUGAGGACAUGUGUCUUACCAGUCAGUGAGGACAGCUUCUCUUGCCUGGCAGCAUCACCUCUCUCCUGCCUUCAGUUUUGAACCCAUAUAGUUCCAUCACUGUGUGCAUCUCUGAAAAACACCCACCUGAGUCUGGGGACAGGUAUUUAUUUUUAAAAAUUAUAUGUUGCUGGUUUCUACAGAGCUUAUGCCCCUGAUUGUUGUUGAUUGAUUUCUGCAGCAGUAAGGAAGGAGACAUGGGUGUGAAAAGCAUCAUAAGGUUACUGAAGGUGUUGCUCAGAAGCAAAUUUCUGCCUAGGAGAUUGGCAGGGUGAUGGCAAUGUGAAGUCAAAGUCCUUUCCUUUGAUUUCUGCAUUCUCUGGCAGUAGUGUAGUCACAAAAACCCCUCAACCCAAGAGGAAGAAAUGCUCUUUUAUUCUUGAACUGGUUAUUCAGCAGCUCUAAGAGUGUUUUGAGAAAUGCAGGGUCAUACCCUGGCCUUCAGUGAGAAGGAAGUUCAGUUUGUCACAGACAGGGGUGUCAGAAGGGCCAGAGAGGAGAAUCCAGCCCAAGCUUUGCUCUUUCCCCUAAGAUUUCCUCCAGCUUCUUUCUCUUAUUUCUCCAUAAUCUGUUUUCAGAGUGUUUACAUGGGAUCUUAAUUAAUUCAGGAAGGUACUUGUGUGUACAUGACAUUGUUGUUUGCUUGAUUCAGAUGACAACUUGCUUAAGCACUGUAUUAGUGCUUCCCAGCAGUGACUGAUAUAACAUGGCCAUGCUUUUCUUGGAAUUUCAGGGCUUUUUUCUUUUUUUGGCACAUCUUGAUUAUUAAAGUGACCUUUAAAAGAAAGGUGGGUUGUAGAUGAAACAUGCAUUGAAUACUUUUUUGCAGAUGAAUAUAUAAUCCCCGUGGUGGAGAUAGAAUCUGUCUGCAGUUGUCUCUUGAAUUUUCAUUUUAUCUAUUACAUUAUUUCAUUACCUGUUUUUUAGAAUGGACUUUGAGUAUUUUUGCUUUUGCUCCUUUGAAACAAUGGAUGUGCAGUUAGGACCUUUCAUAACCACUAUGACCAUUUAAAUCUCUUUUUAAAAACUUGUUUUAGGCUGUUGAUAUUUGAAAAUAAAAAUAAAAGUCAGGUACAUAGCACGUAGGCGUGUGAAAAUUAGACUUUGCCAGCAUGGAAGAUUCAACAGUUGCAUAAUGUGGGGUUAGAUCAGACAUCUCAGAAUUGAAAAUGACGUCAGAAACUGUGUGGUUGUGCACAAAUAGUCUCCAUUUUUAGUCUUUUUAUUUGAUAGAAAGUCAGAUAUACACCAUAAUUUAGCAGGCAGCUCAUCCUGCUUCCCUUUUCCUCCCAGGCUGCUUUUUGGUCCCUGCAUCAGCUGGAAAGCACAGGAUAACACAAUUAAGAUCUGCAAGCAAUACUGGCAGUCAGGGCCCUCAUUCCUCACAGUGGUUCAUUGCUUUUGUACCAAGGACCCUGCCCUAUCUUCCUUUUCCUGCUGAGUAAUCUUAGGGCUUCUCUCUUUGUUUUAACAUAAAUUAUGUUUUUAGCAUGAUGCUGGGUAAAAGGAUGCAAAAGGCUCUGAGAAAAAAAAAUUACAUUAUUUGGCUUAAUCCAGAUCUUUGUUUUCCACUUUAGUCAGGUCUAGCUCAGAUCCAGUUCAUUAGGAAUGUAUUAAGCCACUCUUAAAUUGCAAGAGAAGUGUUUCCAUGGGAUUGCAUUGAUUAAACAGAUGGAGUUUGUUGGUGGCACAUUAAGCAGUGCAUAGCUCUGACACAGGCAGUUGUUUCUGGGGAACAGUGGAGUGUCCUUAAAGAAAUCCCUGCCCUGCCUCUUCUCUCUGCCCCAGAUGUGUGUGUCACAUAUCUGCCAUUGCUCUGAUGUUGAGUUUAGGGAUGCCUGUACACAGCUUUAUGCUGGGGAAGCUCUGUCCUUCAAGCCUCCAAGGGCUUGUUAUAAUUGCCUUCUUUCUUUUUCCUUCCCAGGAAGGAAAAUAAGAGAGCAAGUUGAGAGCUUCUGUGUAUGAUCAUUAAACUUCCCAAAACACCAUCUCUUUUAAGCUUUCCAUCUCUUUCAUUGUAUUUUUCCUCUUGAAGAGAAAAUAGCAUGGCAGUGCAUGCUCUCAGGAGUGUUUGGGCAUCAGCUGCAGCUGCCCUCUCCAGCCUGUCCCUGUCCCUGUCCCUGUCCCUGUCCCCACCCCAGGACCGAUGGUGUCACACUCUGCUUGCUCCUUGGUGCUCUCUGGUGGCCCAGCACCACCCUGUGUGCCAAACUGAGAGCCUCACCCUGCUCCUCUGAGACUCAUCCAGCACUGAAAUGUCUCCUCUGUCCUGGUGGGAGCAGCAGGGCAGCCAGCCUUCCCCACCAGAAUGCACACACCAUCCUGUGGAUGCACUGAGCAUCCUUCUGUGCACAGUUGGAAUUUCACCUGUCCCUGUGGGCACCCUGAGUUCAGCUGGCAGACACCUGCUUAGGGAUGGCCCUAAACACUGCCAGGGCUGAGAAAUACUCCUCCCUGUCCAAGAGAGGAUCUGCAGGGUUUGUCUUUGUUUCAGAGUGCUGUGCUAAUCCUGGUUUCCUGUCAGCAAUGCCUUGGUCAGCACUCCACUUGCACCUGCCUGAGCACAGCUGUGCCUUGGGUGGCUGAGUUCCCUUUCUGGACACCCUCCAAGUGGUUUUUAUGGCAGGAUCUCUCCUACCUCACCUUCAUGGGCUUUCAUUAACUAAGGACCUGUGCUUGGUGCUUCCCAUGUGGGUUUCUGUCAGCUGCACCACCAUGGGUCCUGCCUGCCUGGCCCUCCUGGGAGCUUCAG